GGCAGCGACCAAUCACCAUGCCAUUACAGCCUUCAGAGGAAGCUGUUUAUGGGGCUGCAGCGCUAAUUAGGCUCAUGAACUAACAAAUCUGCCUGCACGAAGCCGGCGAGGAAAACGAUCACAUCCAUGGAUUAGUCUGGGAGUAGCCGAGCACUUUUUAUUUUUUGGCUUCUUCGACACUGCCCGCCGCCCUUUCCCAACUUGUUUACUGCGCAGAAACUUUCCCCUUUUUUUCCUUGGGUGUGGAGUAUUUUUCAAGCAAGAGCGCCUACGACAACUUUAACCUAAACUGGGGAAUCUGGACUAUCAGACCAUGUUUCAACCUACACCCAAGAGGUGUUUUACUAUAGAGUCUUUAGUGGCGAAGGAUAAUCCGAUACCGGCGUCCCGCUCCGAGGAGCCCAUCAGGCCAGCGGCUCUCAGCUAUGCAAACUCCGGCCAGAUGAACCCAUUUCUGAACGGCUUUCACUCCGGCGGCAGGGGCGUCUACUCUAACCCGGACUUGGUUUUUGCCGAGGCGGUCUCUCAUCCGCCAAACUCUACCGUUCCAGUACAUCCGGUGGCCCCGCCGCACGCUCUGGCCGCUCACCCGCUUUCAUCCUCACACAGUCCGCACCCGCUUUUUGCCAGCCAGCAAAGAGACCCCUCAACUUUCUACCCCUGGUUAUUACACAGAUAUAGGUACUUGGGUCACAGGUUUCAAGGUAAUGAAACGAGUCCAGAGAGCUUCCUUUUGCACAACGCGCUGGCCAGAAAGCCCAAAAGAAUCCGGACAGCGUUUUCACCUUCGCAACUCCUGCGGCUCGAACACGCGUUCGAGAAAAACCAUUAUGUGGUGGGAGCAGAAAGAAAGCAGCUCGCCCACAGCCUUAGCCUCACAGAAACUCAGGUAAAAGUGUGGUUUCAGAACCGACGGACGAAGUUCAAGAGACAGAAGUUGGAAGAGGAGGGCUCGGAGUCUCAGCAGAAGAAGAAAGGAUCGCAUCACAUAAACCGAUGGAGACUGGCGACUAAACAGGCGAGCCCGGAGGAAAUUGAUGUCACUUCGGACGAUUAAAAUAAAGACUAUGCGCCUGAAUGAAGGAGGACAUGGAUACAGGAUGCCGUGUAGAGACAAGUGAGAGGGUACAAAGCCAAUGUCACAUUUCAGAUCUCCGGAGACCGGCAGCUGAGGGUGAGACAAGCCCGACUGACACUGCUGUCGCCACGCGGGUCUGUCAGUCCGAGUGACCCAGGGAAAUGUGACCGACAGUGUGUCAGUCCACCUACCUGAACCCUUUCUCGCACCAACCACCACUACUACCCCCCUUCCCCCACCCUCCCCCACCUACAACCAACACCUAAUUAUAUUUUUCUCCAACUCACAUUGGACGUUUGCACUUCAGAAGGCUUUUAUUAUUAUUUUUUCCUCCUCUUAUUUUUUUAAACAAAAAAAAAUCGUUUCCACGUAAGAUAUAC